AUGGGUGCGCGGCGGUGGCUUAGCCACGGCUCUGGAUUCCAGCUGCUGUUUUUCUUCCUCGUGGUGCUGCUCCAGGCACAGGCCAGCCGUGGCGCGGCUUCGAUCAACGGUGAAGGACUGGCGUUGCUGGAACUAAAGGUGAGGGUGGAGGCUGAUCCCCAUGGUGUCUUCCAGGAUUGGGAUCCCAUGGACAGCAGCCCAUGCAGCUGGUCCGGCGUGCGAUGCUUUGACGGUAAAGUAGAGAUUCUGAACUUAACAGGCCGAGAAUUGGCUGGAACUCUCGCACCUGAGAUUGGGAGCCUUCAAGGUCUGAAAUUCCUUUUACUUCCAAAGAACAACUUCCGGGGGAGAAUCCCCAGAGAAUUUGGAGGGUUGUUUGCUCUAGAAGUGCUAGAUUUGAGCAGCAACAAGUUGGAUGGAACAAUUCCAGAAGAACUAGGGGCUAUGCCACUGCUCAAACAACUAUCCCUUCAUGAUAAUCAGUUCCAAGAAGGCGUCCAAGCGAUAGCUGAUGAUCAGGCAGGAUGCUUGAGCAGAAAACUAGGGUGCUGGUCUUUGCUGUACAAGUCGGACUUUAAGGAUUGGAUAUCUCUCAGUGGUCUCCGAGAGAAAUAUAACACCAAUGUACCAAAUUUCAGUGAGGCACACAUCAUAAAGAAUUUGCAGUCAUUUGCAAGUGCCAUGCGCCGCAGGCUUCUUAGUGAAACUGACAAUCUGCCUGCUCUUUUGGGAAAUGAUGCUAAAUCUUCUGAUCCAGAAAAUCCAAAAGAAAUUCAGAGACCUGUUGAUGUGAUUUCUCUAGGAAGUGGCUUAUUCCCUGCAUUUCCAGGCAUAUAUGGCGAUGCUCUGACACCUUUGCUUCCCGAAGAUAUUGAUGCUACCACAGUUCAGCAGCUGUCUACAGAAGUGGCCCAGUCCACUGAUGUAGAGAUGUCUGAUACAAAGUAUAGCAAGUGGGCAUAUAUUAUCACAAUUCCAGCUGUAAUAUUGCUCAUUGGUCUGAUAGUUUUGAUAGUUUUGGUUUUGUGGAAGCGAGGGCGUGCAUCAGUAGCCCCUUGGAAAACAGGGCUAAGUGGCCCUAUUCAGAAGGCCCUUGUAACAGGUGCCCAAAAACUGAACAGACUUGAGCUUGAAGCUGCUUGUGAGGAUUUUAGCAACAUCAUCAAUACUUUUCCUACCUGUACUGUAUUCAAGGGCAUAUUAUCAGGCGGAGUUGAGAUUGGUGUUGUCUCCACUGUCAUAUCAUCGAGCAAAGACUGGUCCAGGAGUGCGGAAACAUGUUUCAAGAAAAAGAUAGAUACACUGUCAAGGGUCAACCAUAAGAACUUUAUCAAUCUCCUUGGCUAUUGCCUAGAAAAUGAGCCUUUCACGAGAAUGAUGGUGUUUGAGUUCGCUCCACAUGGCAGUCUCUCACAGCAUCUUCACGUCAAAGAAUUUGAGCAUCUGGACUGGGCUGCGAGGAUGAGAGUCAUCAUGGGCAUCGCAUACUGCCUUCAAUACAUGCACCAUGAGCUCAAUCCCCCUGUCGCGAUACACGAUGUGCGGUCUGACACAACCUUCAUUUCAGAUGAUUAUGCUGCCAAGAUUGCAGAUGUUGGUGUAUGGAACGAACUUGCUGCCAAAGCAAAGGCUGGAAAGGAGGACGGCAGCAGCCGUUCUGAAGCUCCUCCGGAUCUCCCAAGUAACGUCUACUGCUUGGGCGCGCUUAUGAUCGAGAUCAUAUCCGGGAGGGUUCCUGAUCCAGAUGAUCAUAAACCCAUAUGCAGCUGGGCUUCUGAGUAUCUGAAAGACAAGAACUACAGCAAGCUGGUGGACACGUCGCUGAAGGAGCACAAGGAUAACGAGCUGGAGGCCGUCUGCGAGGUGAUCCAAGAGUGCAUAGACGCCGACCCGACGCGGCGGCCAUCGAUGAGAGACGUCGUGGGAAAACUGCAACCACCUCUCGGCAUCUCACCGGAGGCAGCAGCGCCGCGGCUGUCGCCGCUCUGGUGGGCGGAGCUGGAGUUGCUGUCGGAGGCUCCUGCUGUUGAUGCUAUCAACAUUUCUACUGACCAGAUUCGAAAGGAAAGUGAGAGAGCAUCGCAGAGAGAAGGAGGCGCCUUGGCCGUGGCGUCGCUGUACAGGCGGGUCCUCCCGUCGCCGCCGGCGGUGGACUUCGCUUCGCCGGAGGGCAAGCGCCUCUUCGCGGAGGCCUUGGCUGCGGGCACCAUGGAGGGCUUCUUCCCCCUGGUCUCCGUCUUCCAGACGCAGUCGGAGCCGGCCUUCUGCGGCCUCGCCUCCCUCGCCGUCGUCCUCAACGCGCUCGCCAUCGACCCGGGCCGCCGCUGGAAGGGGCCCUGGCGCUGGUUCGACGAGUCCAUGCUGGACUGCUGCGAGCCCCUCGACAAGGUCAAGGCCCAGGGCAUCACCUUCGGCAAGGUCGCCUGCCUCGCGCACUGCUCCGGCGCCGACGUCCAAUCCUUCCGCGCUAACCGGGUCACCAUCCACGACCUACGGCGGCAUCUCAUCCGAUGCGUCUCCUCCCAGGACUGCCAUCUUAUUGUUUCCUACCACAGGAAGGCUUUCAAACAGACUGGAACUGGGCAUUUCUCUCCAAUCGGUGGCUACCAUGCCGGACAGGAUAUGGCGCUCAUCUUGGAUGUCGCACGUUUCAAAUAUCCUCCACAUUGGGUUCCAUUGCAACUUCUUUGGGAAGCCAUGAAUACAACUGAUGACUCAACUGGACUUCUCAGAGGGUUCAUGCUUAUAUCAAGACAGACUGCAGCUCCUUCAUCGUUGUACACAGUGAGUUGCAGAGAUGAAAACUGGAAAAGCAUGGCAAAGUAUUGUGUUGAAGAUUUACCAAAUCUUUUGAAGGCAGAGAAUCUAGACAAUGUUCCAGCACUUUUGUCCCAUUUAAUUGAGUCUCUUCCAGCUGAUGCUGAAUCUUUGAUCAAAUGGGUUGUAGAAGUUAGGAGAAAAGAGGAAGGUGGACCAAGCUUAAGCAAAGAGGAGAAAGAAAGGAAAAUGUACUACAGCAAGUUCGCGAUACCAGGCUAUUUGCCAUAG